CUAAUAAGUUUGUGGAUUUUAGGUUGCGUUCAUUGGCCAUCGGGAACAUACGGGUUACCCAAAGCUACAUUAGGGUGUCCUUCGUCGUAUGGAUUCCGCUGGAAGACUGGAUGGCGAUUGCAAGACACUAAUGGCGAAGAUUCAAAUAAUAAUAAGUCAAGCGAAUUUCACCUUGAUGGGGAAGUGGACAACAAAAAAGUAAACAGGUCGUUCUGCUUUAAGAAUAAUACAAGCAACGAGCUCGAAAACAGUAGGCCUUCAUGGCCCUCAGGUUAGCAACGUUGUGCACCAUCAGUAUUCACAAAAGAUAGAUAUCUAAAACAGAAAUGAAAAUAUUUAUUUCUUUUGCUUCUUUCUUUCAAUAUGUAUAGAAUAGUUAAUCUAUUUACGUUUUACUGAUUCUUUUCAAACGAACAUCGGUUCAAUUUCUUGUACUGCGUUAACUAAGAAACCGAUUCCUAGAAUUUGGCUUGUUUCCUAGCUAGGUUUCCUCAAAGGAGUUAAAAAAAGUAAGGCAGGGGUCGUUUUUAACUGUUAUUUACAGACUUUACUUCUUUUCUCCUGCAGGCGAAUAUUGUGUUUACAAGAAAGAUUCACAGUGUCCAUCAGGACUGACAGGAGGUUACGUUUACUGGGAUGACGACGACACGUACUACUACGAUAAUUUGAAUGACGAUAGUGGAAUACUUCCGUCAGGCCAAUAUAACAAAAAUACAAGGAUAGAUUUUUGUUGCCAAACAAGUGGAAACAAGAAGAGGCCAAUCCUCCUUCCCACUCAAUUCCCAUUUUUUCUGUUGGCUUACGGAUCCGAUGAAUGUCAAAUGGUCAAAUGGGCGAUAGCGACAAUGGAAUGGAUACAUUAUGACACAGAACACUGGCCUAACGGCGACCAUGCAGACUGGCCUUACCCCUAUAAUGCAGGAAUAAAGCAUCCAACCAUAUAUUACUGUUAUUACCGUGGUGCGUCAUCUCUAUAGCAUUUUUGAAUUUUUUUUUCUAUCCUAUCACCCCACAGCCAUGCAGUUUUGUGUAAAAAUACAACUGAUUUGCAAACUUUGAACGUCGUAAAACCAAUUCAGUACUUGACAGAGGAAACACUUUUCCAGUUUCAACUUACAAUAGCCGCUAAAAUGGAGGUUCAGGGGUCAAUAUAAUUAAACUUUUACAAGUUUAUUUUCAAGUGCAGCCAUCGUUUAGAGUCUGAAAACAAUAGGUAAAUUUCCAAAUUACACUUGUAAAAGGUUGAUUAAAUUGACCCGCCAGAUCUAUUGCACUUACACCAAAAAUGAAACACGACAGGUUGUACUCACAGUCAGUCGUUCUAUUGGGUUUUCUUUCAAUACUUUAAAGCUAUAAAAGCGUUAUACCUCCCGAAUGCUAUUCCUUUUUUACCUUUAAGGAUGUAAUGAAACCAUGAGGGGAGCCAAAGGCACCUUUCACUCUCCAAGCUAUCCAAACAAAUACCCGGAUGGACAGUACUGCUCCUGGAGGAUCACGGUCAGUCCAGGACAAAAAAUCCACCUCAUGUUCACAGACUUCAGUUUGCAGAGCGAGAACAAUACUGAUGCUUUAUAUGUGUUUGAUGCGCAAAAUGACACAGGGAAGUUGUUGGGAGUAUUUUAUGGAGAGCACCCUCCCCCCGUGAAUGGAAUCAAGUCUUCGUCAAACCAUAUGUUUAUCAUAUUCAAAUCAGAUGAAACUGAUUCUAGUUAUCACACCGGCUUCAAUGCCACGUACAGUGCCGUGUACAAUUCAGGUAAAAAAACCGGAAAUUACUUUCAGUGCUAUUUUAUGACCUCUAUUUACCUGCAGAUAAACUAUCGAAAACGGGUAAUCUAAAGUGCACAGUCGGCCACGUUUUCAUUUUCAUCGUUCAUAUGAUAUUAACUUAUGGGCAAUUGUGGAUGUACUGUAUUGAAUUAUCCUAAAAAACUGCUGGAUAAGGACUGAAAUUAAUAUCAACAUACGUUAAUGAAAACACAACAUUUUUUGUAAUCUGAGCUAAAAGAAAUCCCCUGGGCUGGGGUGUUCGAAGGUGGGUUAAGAAAGCCCAGGGUACUUGCAAAAUUGAAUUCCGAAGAUAUUAAAACCUAAAAUGCAAAUUCAGUUAAUUCUUGCCUACAAUUUUAUGAUUGAAUAUUUUAAAAAGAAUAGAGAAAAUUAUCCGAGAAAAGAAAACGAAGCCUGAAUUUGAACAGCUGGGCCCUGGGCUAAUUGUUCCAGCUUUCUAAAAUUAACUGUACUUUUUUUCUGAUUACAAUACUACAGCCGUAAUACCUACCCAAGAAGUCGCGUCAACAACUGCUAAAAAAUUGUUUACUUCAUUAUCAAAGACCACAUCCGACAUGGGAGUGACAGCAACAACUGUUGCAUCGACAAAAGACAGCGGGAACAGAGAUCAAAGGAACGCGUCUCAAGGAGAAGGUAACAUACGGUAAAAACAACAUAUAAGAACCUAUACAAUUCUCGAGGUCAGGCUGAACAGGUUCUUUUAUUGUCGGGUAGUUUUUCACAAUUCAGGCUGAUAAGGUUCUUAAUAGGUUCCUGUUUUUCGAGGUUAAUUGUCGAAGUGUAACCAUUGGAAGAAUGUUUAGAUUUAAUUCGUUUAUAUUGCACUGUAGCUUUAUGGAAAACAUAUUUCUAUAGUGAAAAUCCAAACAAAUGUAAAUCGAAGAAAACAUAUACACAAUAACGUUUGUUGGAAGCUUCUCGCAUAAUUAAAAUCCAGAGUUUUGAUCAUCAAAAUUGGAGUGAUUUUUCGUACAAGAACCUACUUUUCUCUGCCAGGCUCAACAGGUUCUUAUGUUUUUGGGUAUUUAAUUAAAAUAAAUGUCAAAUUUCAGCCUGUAGGUUCAUUAAAUCACUAGGUUCUUAUAUGCAGGUUUUUAGUGUACUGGAAUUUUAUUUAAAAACCAGCGUGUAAAAACUUAGUGGUUUCAGAACCUGCUGGCAGAAAUAUGCUAAGUUAUUGCCCAAAAAUAUAUAAGAAACUGUUUAGCCAAGCAAGAUCAAGCAGGUUUCUCUAUGUAAGUUACAGUUAAAUAUAUGCUUAACAUUUUAGCAAAAAGUUUGACUUUGAGAUUGGAAAUAUAGAUUUGUAGACAAAUACCUUUUUUAUUACUUUAAUUUAUUUAAUUAUUUAUCUUAUUUUUUUACGUCUCUUGUUAUAGAGAUAAUCCUACAUAUACAUUCUGCAAUCAAUUUAGUUAGGCUUGUAAUAAUACACUUAUGAAUAACUGCAUUUAUAUAUAUAAGGACAAAACCCAAGUAUAUUUCUUUUUCUUGCACACAACAAGUAUAUUUGCUUCAUAGAAAUUAAAAAUUUAACUCCUACUUAGCCUCAAUUGCAAAAUAGCUGCUACCCCAAAAUACGAGAUUCUUUUUCGUCAGACAAAAAAUUGUACGUCCUUACACGCGGCAUUUUAUCCUAGUUUUUUCAAAUAAGAUUAAAUUUCCUCCACAAAAACCUUAUUACCUAGAGAGUCUUUUUGGUAGCAAGGAACACAAGCGAGAGCGAUGGUGUCCGUUCAAUGCAGGUUUUCACGGUAUCUCACACUGAAAAAGACUAUCAAUAUAACCAGAGGCUCUCGUUGAGACGUACCCCGUUACUAUUGAUUGAAGUUAUAUCUCGCAGGUUUGAACGUAGUAGCUAUUGUUGUUCCGUUGGUGGCAUUGCUCUUUCUGGUAGCCUUGCUUGUAGCCGGAUUCGUUUUUUGCAAAAGGUGAGAUUUGUGUUGACUCAGGUAACAAACUGACUAUACAAAAAUAUAUUCCUCGCAUUUUCUCAGUAUCGUUAAAAGGCACUGAAUCAUUAUUCAGUUACAGGAUUUAUCAGUCACUCACUCAUUCACUCACUUACUCUCGUCCACUUACUCAAUCAAUCAAAUCAAUCGAUCAGUCAAUCAAUCCAUCUAUUAACCAGUCAGAAGGUCAGUCAAUCUAUUGACACACAAUGCAACCAAACAACCAAAAAAACCAAGCAAACGAACAAUCACUCAGUCAAUCAGCCGAUUAACUAAUCAACCAGCCACCCACUGCAAGCAGCUAAUGACACGUCCGAAUAACAACCAAACCAACCAAGCAAUGUUCCAAAGUUCAAUCAAUCAACUAACUAAUCGAUGCAGGCAAUCAAUGAAAAAACCAAACUACCAGCCAAGCAACCCCCACAAACAGUUAAUCAAGAUUCCAGUCAAUUAAUAUAUUAAUCAGUAAUUAAGACAUUAAUAUGUAAUUGCAUGAUUGAUUUAAGAUAACUAUUUAUCAGGAAUAACUUAAAAGGAAUCUCUAUAUUUCGCUUUAAUUCACUUUAGGCGGAGGACGAAAAGGCAAGGACAAGGAACACCGAAAAAAGUGUUUUUUUCGAGGUAUUGGACGAAGCUAGCCUCUGCUGCUCCUGAAUAGUUUUACUACAAGGAAGAAGUUAUUCCCCAGCUACUCAAAUAAAUUACCUUAUAUGCAGUUUUGUAAAUUUUUGCUCUUCUGAUUUGUAAAAGUUGGUAUUUAUUUAUCAAUAAGCUCACAGAAACUUCAAUGUUAACAUUGGACGUCUGUGUAUUGUUCAUGGCCUUGUAUACACCAUAAGACUCAAUCUGAUUUUGGCAAUUUUCAUGCAGUUAACAUUUCGAAUUCGAGGUUGUCAUGGUCAGGACAGGUAAAGCGUACGCUGUAGAACCAUAUCAUGAAUUGUUCAUAUAAAAAUUCAGUUAACCCGUUACCCGUUGACUACUACCAAAUUCAAAUCUGCAUUACUGCCAGCAAGCAUAAUGAGGAGUGAUUACAACUUCACCGUAUUGGGACAAAAAUCAUUCACACUUUGAAUGGAUAAAAUUUCUAUGUAGAUUUAUACCGAGUUCAGGAACAAACUUAAGCUGACAAGACUGAAAUUUCAUCUACCUCCCAUGUGAAUACACCGCUUGUAACGUAUGAACGAGUAAACAAUAAAUUCAUUUUAAAAUAAAAAUGAAUAGUUACGGGGUAUGCUUGACCUGAAUUGAAUGUACAGGCGACUGACUGUGUAUUUAAAUAGCAAAUGGAUAAUCUCAUUACUGUUUGAAAUGAUUCUGUUUUACAGGUCCAAUAGUGAAGGACCCAUGUCAGUUGAAAAUCCAUACUAUAACAGGUACAAAUAUAAAGAAAAUAGAACAUUUGUCAUUGUUUCUGCGAUUACAUUAGAGUUAAAACGACUUUUUGGUAUUUUACAGUGAUAUGGUGAUAGUAAAUACAGCUUGCUCUUCUGACGACAACGGGUUGUACACUAAUGUUAGAGAGGAUAGGAGGACUGACAAAGGUACAUGCAAAAGGCAUGAAAUUGAAAAACCAUUGUCUGGCGAAAGUGAGGUGUACAGCAAUGCUGCAAACGACCACCUGAGUGAUAAAAAGACAUGCGAACUUCGGAAAAUUGCCGAAAACGAACUGUACACCAAUGUUGAAGAAGACCGUAGGAUUGACGAGGAAACAUGCAAACAACUCGAACGUGAAAGCCCAUGGCCUUGCGAAAGCGAAGUUUACAGCAAUGUUGUGACAGAACUCAGGGAUGAUAAAAAUCCAUACUGUCAAGAACAACUUGCAGAAAACGAGCUCUACACUGAGCUUGAAGAAGACGAAAGGAUAAACAAGGAGACGCGCAAUGAGCAGGAAAGUGAAAAUCCAUUGUACGAGUCUGCUACGGGUGAAGUGGAAUUUAAUCCCAUCUAUACCUGA